AUAUAGUAUAAAUUUCCAACCAACUGACCAGCUCAUCAUCAUUUGUGCUUUGAACUUCUUAAGUGUAAAUUGCUCGUCCGCUCAUCAGCUCGAGAAAAUUUCGUAAAAACAAAUUAAACCAAAAUCCAAAUAAAAAUGAAAUUCUUCGUGCUGUUGGCCUUGGCCCUUGUGGGCGUUGUUGCUGGUGCCCAGCUGCCGGACUCGGCCACACAGGGACCCAAUCCCCAGGACAUUGCCACCCCCGAACCGGAAUACAUUGACAUCGAGGAGCCUCUACCCGCUGCCGCCGCCCCUGCCCCCGCCCCGCGGCCAGUGUUCGCUGCUGCCGCUGCCCCCAGGCCAGUGAUUGCCGCUCCGAUCGCCCGACCCAUUGCCCGUCCCGUGGCCGUGGCCCAGCAGACCUUCUUCCAGCAGCAGCCCAUUGCCCAGCGUGCCCAGUACCUGCCCCCUCUGGUCCAGCAGCAGCAGGUGGUGCCACAGCAGCAGCAGCAGCUGGCGGGACACUCGUUCAACAGCAGGAGCGGCUACCAGUACCGUCGUCCAGUCUAUGUAAGACGCUUCUACCGCCUGCGCCGCUACUAAGAUGGAGCAGCGAUAUUCAUUCAUAUAUCUACUAUAUUUUUAAUACAUGUUCGAUAAUAUCCUAAUAAUGUUCCCCUCUAUAUUUUGCUGUUUUCUUUCUUCUGACCGCACCCGCACCCCACACCUCACUCCUGCCCGAAACGACUAUCUAUCUGCACCAAACUCCAAACCAAACUCCAAACCAAACUCCAAUCCAAACUCCAAUCCACUGCUCGAAUCAAGCAUUAACCUAUAUCCAAAAAAAACACCACGCUCACGCCACAUUACCACGCACUGAAAACCCCUCUACAAAUCUAUCCAACUAUCGAACCAUAUCGAACUAUCUAACCAAUCCUAAUCCUAGAACGAAAAUGAAAAUGAAAACGAAACGUCAAAGAACAACGACCAA